UUCUUGCCCAAUAAGGCCAACCACCACCUUCACGCCCCGCUGAAGCUUGGCCGUUGUGGUGUUCGUGAGCCACUGUGGCUAGCACCCACGCUCACGGCUCCGCAACGCAUUGUCUAACUCGCUUGAGUUGGAGAUUGGUUGGUUAGGUAUACAUAAUACAAUCCCCUCCCAACUCUGUAGCGCUCUCUGCGAACCCACCCACCCCUAUAACCCAUACGACCUUCAAGAUUUUCCCCAAAAACGAAGCAAAAUGGCAAUAGCAGCAUCUUAUCACGCCACUAACUUCAUGUCUUCUUCUUCUUCUCCUCUUUCACCGAACCGCUUAACAUCGGUACCACGAACCGGGUUUAUUUCUUAUCCAACCACUUUCAAUCCAUACAAACUCGACGCCAUCUUCAGCUAUAGUGUUCGUUCCCGUUCAUCCAACUGUAAACAAUCAAGAAAGUUGUUUAAAGUGAGAUCCGCUGUAGCUCCUGCUGAAACCACAGCAGAGUUUGAUGAAAUGGUAUCCGGAACUCAAAGAAAGUAUUACAUGCUUGGCGGGAAAGGUGGUGUUGGUAAAACGAGCUGCGCUGCUUCACUUGCUGUGAAAUUUGCAAAUAAUGGUCAUCCAACUCUUGUGGUUUCAACCGAUCCUGCACACUCUUUAAGUGACUCCUUUGCCCAGGAUUUGACUGGCGGGACUCUUGUACCUGUUGAAGGACCUCUUUCUCCUCUCUUUGCUCUGGAGAUAAAUCCCGAGAAAGCAAGAGACGAGUUUCGUGAUGUAAGCAAGAAGAAUGGUGGAACCGGAGUUAAAGAUUUCAUGGAUGGCAUGGGUCUUGGAAUGCUUGCUGAUCAAUUAGGUGAGCUGAAGCUAGGGGAGCUAUUAGACACACCUCCUCCUGGUUUAGAUGAAGCUAUUGCAAUUUCUAAGGUUAUACAAUUUCUUGAAUCGCAAGAGUAUAGCAUGUUUACGCGUAUAGUUUUCGAUACUGCACCCACAGGUCAUACACUGCGGCUUUUGUCAUUGCCUGAUUUCUUGGAUGCAUCGAUUGGAAAGAUACUGAAGCUUAGGCAGAAAAUAUCAUCUGCUACUUCAGCCAUUAAAAAUGUAUUUGGGCAAGAAGAAACCCGUCAAGAUGCUUCUGAUAAGCUGGAGAAACUAAGGGAGAGGAUGAUUAAAGUACGCGAGCUUUUUCGCGAUACCGAUUCAACAGAAUUUGUUAUAGUGACAAUUCCUACGGUAAUGGCAAUCAAUGAAUCAUCAAGGUUGCGCGCUUCACUUACGAAGGAAAAUGUUCCUGUCAAGAGGCUCAUUGUUAAUCAAAUUCUUCCCCCGUCUGCUUCUGACUGCAAAUUUUGUGCUAUGAAAAGGAAGGACCAGACACGGGCACUUGAUAUGAUCCGGGAUGAUCCAGAGCUGUCUAGUUUGCUUCUGGUGCAGGCGCCUCUUGUUGAUGUAGAAAUCAGAGGUGUCCCAGCUCUUCAAUUCUUAGGGGACAUGAUUUGGAAAUGAAAAUAUAUCAAGUCUCAUCAGCUUGAUAAUUAAUGUUAAAGUUGGAGCCUUUGCACGAAUGGUUAGUCUUUUUAAGAUGAAUUUUAUUAACAGUUUUGGUUACAGGGUGAGACACACACAUACAGGGAAGGAGUAGCCAAGUUAAGCAACAAUGGUGUCCAAGUUUAGUUGUUUUUUAUCAUAAUUACGUAUAUAACAAUUUUUGUUAUGUGAUUAUUAUAUAUUAUACUACUUAAAAUAAAUUUUAUUA